CUAGAGUUGCGGUGAGUGUCAAGAUGAGGGUGGUCAUAAGAAUCUGCUGUUCCUUCUAGGGAGGCCUAAGGGACCUAGGAGUCCUGCUUUCCAACCAGGCCUGAUUCUGCUCAUCAUAAUCCCUUCAAGUUGAUACCUAUCAAGAAACUUUAGUUGUUUUCCGAAAAGUCAGAAUGGAGAUGUCAAUGCCCCCACCUCAAAUAUAUGUAGAAAAAACUCUGGCCAUUAUCAAACCAGAUAUUGUUGACAAAGAGGAGGAGAUACGAGAUAUUAUUCUCAGAUCUGGAUUCACCAUUGUUCAGAGAAGAAAACUACAUCUUAGCCCUGAGCACUGUAGUAACUUCUAUGUGGAACAAUAUGGGAAAAUGUUUUUCCCCAAUCUAACUGCUUACAUGAGUUCUGGACCACUUGUUGCUAUGAUAUUAGCUAGACAUAAAGCCAUCUCCUACUGGAAAGAACUUUUGGGACCAAGUAACAGCACAAUAGCUAAGGAGACACACCCAGACAGUCUGCGGGCAAUUUAUGGCACAGAUGACCUAAGAAAUGCACUUCAUGGAAGUAAGGACUUUGCUGCAGCAGAAAGAGAAAUUCGAUUCAUGUUUCCUGAAGUGAUUGUUGAGCCCAUUCCAGCUGGACAAGCUGCUAAGGAUUAUUUAAAUUUAUAUGUAAUACCAAUUCUACUUAAAGGACUCACAGAACUUUGUAAGCAAAAGCCAGCAGAUCCUUUGAUGUGGCUAGCUGACUGGUUGCUGAGAAAUAACCCCAAUAAACCUAAACUUUGUUACCAUUCAAUUACAGAAGAACCUUAAUAAAGUCCUCCUGACUAUG